AUGUCUUGUGAUGAGGAAGGGGACACCGCGUUUGCCAGAAGAAUUAACCAAAGGAUAGGGAGCAUUGCUUUGAUUUGUGACACUGUAGUCAAUGUUAGUAUGGAAGAUGACUGCACAACGCUCACAAUUCCUCUCUUCCCCUCUUCGCAGUUCGCGCAUCUCUGUUCUUCUCUCUCCGAAGUCGACGAUGAUUCUGAAAUCGACGUUCUGAGCUCCACUAGCCGGACAAUCUCAGAAAUACAGCUUCGCUCAGAGAAAAAUAUAGAAAAUAGACGCAGUAACAAGACAAAGCACAAAUGCGGGACGAAGUCUCUAGCAGUUAGAGUACAUGAACAUGCUCUAAAAAAUGGGGGUCAACUGCCUAAAUUACCGGAGUUCUAUAAAUCCACUCACUAUAAUGAGGGCACGGGCGAGUGGAUUGCUCCAAAAUGCCAGACUAACUAUGAGGAAAUGGUCCGAGUAGAUGCUACACUUAAUCAGGAAGGUGCUACCCCAUUAACAGGGGAGCAGAUGUCCAUCACGGUGCUGAAACAGAGACCAAGUUAUGUGAAAGGACUUGGCUUGAGGCCUUCACCAUCUAUUAGGACCACAUCUGAAACUGCGCUGAAAAAGCACUUGGCUUGAGGCCUUCCUCCUCUGCCACGACCCAUGAAUACGUGUCAUGCCUCGAGAUGAAAAUAGAGGCACAAAAUGAGACCAUCGAGAAGCUUUUAGAGGCAAAUAGGCAGCAGCAGAAGAUAAAUGCUAGCAUGAUGGAGUUUCUCAUUGAAAAAGGGUACACUGGACAUGUUGGGAGUGCUGAAACAUCAUCUAAUGAUUGACUGCGUGUAAGAUCGAUGUUCUUUUUGGAGUUCGUGGUUCUGGGAGAUGGAAUUCAAAGAAGGAUACGUUGCAAAAGUUGGCCCCGAGGUGGUAGUAUUUUGGAAAGAUCCAUGAUGCUUUUUGAAAAUUCUAGAGCAUUAGUAGUGGUAAACUUGAUAUUUUGUUUCCUGGGGCUAAACUUGAUAUUUUGUUUCCCAAUAGUAGUGGUAAACUUGAUAUUUUGUUUCCUGGGGCUAAACUUUGUAGUUGAAAGGAUUUGGCUAAUGUUUCACAGUAAUGACAAUUUGUUUUCUUGAAAGCUAACAGAUUUUUGUUAUUUA